AUGGCAAUGUCUCUUUGUAGCUCUUGUGGUCUCAGAAGCAGACAUUGCCAAUGUCGCGAGCCACUUUCAACCGCCGGAAACGGAAACCCUGACGUCGGGGAGAGAGCGUUCAAGCUUACGCCAGCCUCUUUCUGCAUUUGCUACCUCGCUUACACUCUCGCAUCAGGAUGCAUUAGCAUCUUGGUUUUUAUUCCAAUGUUUUUCAUGCCCCUAGAUAUAUGUCGCUUGGAGGUCUUUGUCGACUCCUUCUCCGUUUCAAACGCAAACGCAACCGUUGAUUGGAACGUCGGGUUUGCGGCGAGGAACCGAGGUAAAGGAUGUGAACCCUCUCUCCAUACAAUCAAAUCGCGUCUCCUCCGUGGAGAGAAUCUAAUCUCCGAGUCAUCCACGCCGGAUUAUUUUGGGAAACUCGUCACUGGAAAAAUCUAUGAACCGCUUUCGUAUGCCGUUUUCAAAACGAGUGCAACGCCCGAAGGUCUUAGUGGUGUGGUUUGGGAUUUCCGGGUCGAGGUCGCAUCUAGCGUUUUGGGAGUUACAGUAGACGGUCGAUCCGAUCGUCGAGAUGGUUUCUUGUUCAUGACUUGUGGCGAUAUACCGGUGAAUUUCACGGCGGAUCCCGCUGGAAAUGUGAAGGGGUCGUUGCUCGGAAAUGUGAGGCCGUGUGAGUAUUCAUUCCGGCAAGAGUAUUGGGACACAUCCUUUUAG